GGUUCAGGCUGAAAGGAAGACCGAGGGAUUCUGGGUAACCUAAAUACCGCGAGGCUUGAGUCGUGGUCACGUGGAUCUUUAUGCGUCGACCUGGAGUCAGCUGUUACCUAGGCUCGCAUGCUACAGGGAUGUAGUCUUACAAUUCUAAUUCUGACUCUGGAUCAGUGUUAAAAUAUAAUCUCUUCGACCGUCAUACUCAAUGGGACGUUAGUCGUAUUGAUUGUGUAGUAACUCAGAGGUGGAAGUACAUUGACUAAAGUACGAUAUAAUUUCGGGGUUCUUGUACUUUGUAUAUCAUCAUUUUGUUUAUACUUAUAUUCCUAAAUAUUUCGGACAAAAAUAAUAAUAUAUAUGUUUUACUUUUAAACAAUUUAUGACAGCUUCAAUUACUAUAAUAGUAUAAUAAUAAUAACGUAUGCUGUUAUAUAUACUUCAUAAAUCAGACACAAGUCAGAUUGUUAAUCAUCAAUAAUGAUAUCCCAUUGUAACCUAUUAGCACCAAGACCAAUGCAUCGUUAAUAAACAUACUAAUUAUCAAGUUAUAUUAUUUAGGUUUAGUUCUCAAUUAAAUUUGGGCCAUUUCUCCGACUUCUUUCAAAAAAUGACCACUAAAAAUGGGGCUUAUGUCUCAAAGAUUUUAUAAAAUUCACUUAUCAGCCCAUCAGGAGAUUAAUUGUCUUUAAAAGAGUAUGUUUGGACCUUUGUUAAACAGAUGUUAUGGUUGCAAACUUAUUUAAAGAUGUCAUCAAUGCCUUUACGGUUCUUAUCUAUGUGUUUAAGAAAAAUAUAAAUAUUUCCUUAAUUUUCAUAAUUAAUUAUUUAACACGUGUUCUUCUCCAGAUCAGGUUAAGCUUCAACUGUUAUGACGCUGCUGCUUUAGGCUGCUAACUUCCGGUUGCUAUGGAGAGGCUCAAUAUGUUUUAUUCUUUCUUAUAUCGUAAGUUGUCAACAAAUUGGCUGAAUACAUUGUAAUACAGUGAAGCUAAAACACACAUAGGCAACUUUAUUGCUGUAAUAAAAUAGUAAAAUAAAAUAAAAAAGGUCAACUGGAAUGAACGGAAAUGACGUGCUCUGGUUCUGACGAGUCUUCUCCGAUUGGGAGCGGCAGGGCUUUAAAAACAUUCGUCUCAAACUGUCGAUAUAUCCUUAAAGCAUUGUUACUAGAAACAAAUAUCGCAUGCGAAUCAAAUCAGGCCAGUGACACAUAAAUUGUAAACACUGUGAAUAUUCAACUGCCCCAUUGUAUUAUUCCUUUUGUGCCACGAUUCGCUGUUCUUCCAACUGUUGUCAUCGGGGAACAAUUUAAACGACGGACAGUAAGUACUACGUCACUUCCGUAAACAAGGACCGUAACCAUCGAUUUUAAUGAUUACUACUUGUUAAAUAACCCGCAGCAGACACAUGACAAAGAUACAUAAAAUAAUAACGUAGCCUACAAAUACAUAAAAUAAUAACUUAGCCUCCAAAUAUGAUUCCAUGGCCAUAUGUGAGGGUGUUUCGUAUGAAAAGAUGACCUGGACACGGCAAUACACAGCUGACUAAUGCGGUCUAUAUCAGCCAGAGACGAGGUGCGUGUGACAGCUCGUGUGUCUGGGUCGAGAUGUUAAAGCUAGCUCUAGCGACAAAAGCUUGGCAUCUGUGUCACUACAGUUGUGUUACACUGCCUUGUUAAAUUAGCAGACGUUCCCCCUCGAUGAGAGUGAGUAGCUAUGGCCGAACAAGAACUGUGUCCUCAUCUGGAUUCCAUAGGAGAGGUAACCAAGGAGGACCUGCUGCACAAAUCCAAGGGAACUUGCCAGUCUUGUGGAGCUGGAGGCCCAAACCUCUGGGCCUGUCUGCAGAGCGACUGCCCAUAUGUCGGUUGUGGAGAGUCCUCCUCCGAUCACAGCACGCUGCAUGUACAGGCGAAGAAGCAUCACCUGACUGUGAACCUGACGACGUUCAGGAUCUGGUGUUAUGUGUGUGAGCGAGAGGUGUUUCUGGAGCACAGGCCCGCUCUGCUGCCGGGACCCGCUGCCCCCCACCGCCACUGUAAAGACACAGAGCAGGAAGCAGCUCCUCAGACACUGGCCCAUCCACUAAAAGGGGUACCAAUUGCGGUUGCAGAAGUAGACGGUUCAGAGUCGGAGGAGGAUGAGCUUAAACCCAGAGGCUUGACAGGAAUGAAAAAUAUCGGAAACUCCUGCUACAUGAAUGCGGCUCUUCAAGCCCUGUCGAACUGUCCUCCUCUCACUCAGUUCUUCCUGGACUGCAGUGGAUUGGUCCGCACUGAUAAGAAGCCCGCUCUCUGUCGGAGCUACCAGAAACUCAUCUCAGAACUCUGGCAUAAAAAACGGCCCAGCUAUGUCGUGCCUACCAGUCUGUCUCAUGGCAUCAAGCUCAUAAACCCCAUGUUUCGUGGUUAUGCUCAGCAGGUAGGGGCAAGCACCCAGCAGGACACCCAGGAGUUCCUGCGCUGUCUGAUGGACCAGUUACACGAAGAGCUGAAGGAGCCUCUGACCGAAUGCAACAUGAGCCGGGAGGGAAGUGACGGCGAGGAGUCGAGAGACGGAGAACGCUCGCCGUCCGAGGAGGAAUUCCUCUCCUGCGACUCCGGCUCCAGCAGCGGGGAGGGAGGCGGCGCCGGCGGCGGCGAGCCGCUCCUGCGGGACGCGUUCGACGGGGUCAGGUCGCCGGCGGGAGGGGUCGUGGACAUCGGCACCGGCGCGGUGAUCUCGGAGAAGGAGAGGCUGAAGGAAAGGAGGGUGUCUGGCUCGCCGCUCCACGGAGGCUCGCAAGAGAUGGACGAGGACGCCGACGUCGACACGGCAGUUGAGGAGGGGGCUCCCGAGAGGAGAGAGGAAGAGGAGGAGGUAACACCGACCACAAACACCGAGGUCCAAAGCCAAGAGGACAACCAGUUAUCGGACGCGGGGCAGGAGCAAGAGCACAGCAGCAGCAGCAGCAGCAGCAGCACCUCCGAGCCAGACAAUGAGGCGUCAAUGAACCGGCCCCAGUCCACUCCCUGCAGCCCCGUGCGAACCCUUCAGGAGCUGCAUCCUAAACUGUCCUCCAGUCCACCUCGCUCCAGCCCCCUCCGCUGUGCGGGGCCUCUGUACGCCUUCAAAAAAGCUCAACUGCAGCUCGGCGCCCGAAAGAAGAAACAGUGUCUCUACCGCAGUGUGAUCUCGGACGUCUUCGACGGCUCCAUCCUCAGCCUGGUCCAGUGUUUGACCUGCGACAGGGUCUCCACGACAGUGGAAACCUUCCAGGACUUGUCCCUCCCUAUUCCCGGCAAGGAGGACUUGGCCAAGCUCCACUCCUCCAUCCACCAGAACCUCCCCGUGAAGACGGGUGUGAGCCCCGACAUUUACGGCUCGCAGGGCUGGGUCACCUUCAUCAUGGACUCCAUACGCCGGUUCGUGGUCUCGUGUAUCCCCACGUGGUUCUGGGGGCCCAUGGUGACGCUGGAGGACUGCCUCGCCGCCUUCUUCGCCGCAGAUGAGCUCAAAGGGGACAACAUGUACAGCUGUGAGCGAUGUAAAAAGUUGAGAAAUGGUGUCAAAUAUUGCAAAGUACUUAGACUUCCGGAGAUCCUUUGCGUCCACCUGAAGCGCUUCCGGCACGAGGUCAUGUACUCCUUCAAGAUCAGCAGCCACGUGUCGUUCCCGCUGGAGGGCCUCGACAUGCGGCCUUUCCUGGCCAAAGACAGUCCGUCCCAAGUCACCACUUAUGACCUGCUGUCGGUCAUCUGUCACCACGGCACUGCAGGAAGCGGGCACUACAUCGCUUACUGUCAGAACGUGAUCAACGGCCAGUGGUACGAGUUUGACGACCAGUAUGUGACGGAGAUCCACGAGACGGUGGUGCAGAACGCAGAGGCCUAUGUGUUGUUCUACAGGAAGAGUAGCGACGAGUCGGUGAGGGAGAGGCAGAAGGUUGUGGCUCUGGCCAACAUGCGGGAGCCCAGCCUGCUGCAGUUCUACAUCUCCAGAGAAUGGCUGAACAAGUUCAACACCUUCGCCGAACCGGGGCCCAUCGGCAACCACGCGUUCCUCUGUCGGCACGGAGGGAUCCCACCUAAUAAAUACCACUACAUCGAUGACCUGGUGGUGAUUGUUCCUCAGAACGUGUGGGAGUACGUUUACAACAGCUUCGGAGGCGGCCCCGCAGUGAACCACCUGUACAUGUGUGCCAUCUGCCAGGUGGAGAUCGAGGCUCUGGCUAAACGCAGGAAAACCGAAAUAGACACCUUCAUCAGGCUGAACAAAGAGUUCCAGGCCGAAGAGGCUCCCACGGUGAUCCUGUGCAUCAGCAUGCAGUGGUUCAGAGAGUGGGAGGGCUUCGUGAAGGGCAAAGACAACGAGCCGCCCGGUCCCAUCGACAACAGUAGAAUAGGAGUGAUGAAAGGAGGGCACGUACAACCCAAGCAAGGGGCGGACUACGGUCAGAUCUCGGAGGAGACGUGGCAAUACUUGUUGGGUAUUUAUGCCGGAGGCCCCGAGAUCGCAGUGAGACAAACCGUGGCUCCGGCCAACGUGGACAGCCUUCACGGAGAGAGGAAGAUCGAGGCAGAAACCAGAGCACUUUGAGAGGGCAAAAAGAGGUUCCUCUGAUCGCCCUUUCCACUCCUGCCCUCGCGGGAAGCCGAGGAAUUCGCACCUCGGUGAAGAAGCCUCGCCGCGAGCACUUUGUAAAAAUGUAGCACGGCACUAUUCCUGACGCCUGAAGAGGUCGAACCGGUACUUAAAUAUCACGUAGUUUAUUUAUUGAAUAACUCUGAUCCUUUCACGUUCUGGUGUAAGAGAAUCUCUGGAGCUGUUUGUUGGUAGCUGUGGUUUUUCCAGUGGCUGCUGCAGGAGAACUGAGCCACUGUGUGAUGUUUGGCUUAGAGCUUUUUGUUUACACGGCACACAGCGACACGUUGAGACGUCGAGCGAGAGGCCACACUCUUGCACCUACUACCUUAAAUACACAGUGUAACCGAGCCCUCAGGAAUGGAAGUCUUUUGUUUGGUUAAACUUUGGUAUUUUUCAAUUCCUAAUUGACUAAGAGGACAAUAAUUUCUCGUGUUGAGUGCAAGCCGAUUGGCACCAUCAUUAAUGUCCUCUAAAAGUCACGAGAUUCGGACACCACUACAAAAUGAGCAAAAUGUAAAGAUUUUUUUUGUAUUUCUCUGUAGGUGUCCUCUUCAUAAUGUUUUCAGACCCUUAUUAUACCAAUAAUCCAUUCUUGAACGGAAAUAAAAUAUGGGGAAAUAUGGUUACGGUUGAAAAAAAGGAAGAAGACCAAAGUAGACAUCGUUACAUUUGUUGAAACGGAUGAUCACAAUAUUCAAACAGGAUUUUCCUAAUAAUAGCUCAGUCAGUUUGUAAUUGUUCUGAAACGUCAGAGAUGAAUCCAAAAAGACCAUUAAUGCACUACCUGUUUAAACAAAGAGAGGGCGUUAUUUCCAACAUGUAGUCAUCAUUAGAAAAGAAAGAAAUAAUCUGAUUUUAUCACAAAUAAUUAGCACCACAUGCAAACAUCCACACGACAGUAUAAGGUCAUUUCUGAUUACCGGUAGUAUUUCAUUUAAAGAUAUAUUUUUUUGAUUUCAGCAUAAUAUCUUUAUUGUGAGCCACUUGCUUCUAAAAAAAAUAUUUGUGCAAAUGCAAACUGCCUUUUUUUGUUGAAGAUGCCUUUUUAAAUUGUUUGUAGAAAACAACUCCGACCACACAGGAAGUGAUCGUCGACCCCUUCGUGUCAAAAAGAGAUUAGAUUGAGAUAAACGGAUAAACAAGAGUCUGCUGCAAUAUAACAAAACAUUAAAGUCUGGCUUUUAUUUGAAGCGGUCAGUUGAUCAGAGCAUAUUAUUUUUUAAUCUAAUAAUUGUACCUUUGCAGCAUAAUCAAUGAAGUGUAAGCGAGUGUGAAAUGGUCUUUGACAAAUGGCAGAACCGGUCGACGCUUAUCUAAAUAAAACAUCCUCUUCUAUCUCACUGAAGAUAAAUUACAACAUUUUAAACUGAAAAGUUCUGCAAUAUCUUUCAACACGUUAUGAGAAAUGAAAGCCCAGCAUCGAGUGAGAGCGAAACAAGAUAACACGACUGCACAUUUUUUACAUUUUAUUAUUAAGAAAUACAGAUUUUGAAAGCCAAAACUAGAAAACCUUUUUUUCAAAUAUAUAUAUAUAUAUACAGUAUAUAUAGUUUUAUUACAUUAAAUUAUUAUUAGUUAUAUCUCAAAAGAUAUUGUGUUUAUCCAUUUAUGAGAGUGAUAGCAUCUCAACGCCUAUUUGUGAAUGGAAAAUAAAAAUAUAAGUAAUUUCCAAUGCCAAAUUAAUUUAAAUAACAAAGAAAAUUGAGUUUAAUAUUUAGCUGCCAUGUGAUUUUUCUGUAUUAUACUGAUUCUGUCCUCUUAUAUAUAUUUUUUAGUGGCAUUCAGGUAUUGAGAUCUGAAAUAUAGUCUAAAUAUAGCAAAUAUAAUAAUAAUAAUAUAUUUUUUUGUGGCAUUCAGGCAUUGAAAUCUGAAAUAUAGUCUAAAUAUAGCAAAUAUAAUAAUAAUAAUAUAUUUUUAAGUGGCAUUCAGGCAUUGAAAUCUGAAAUAUAGUCUAAAUAUAGCAAGUAUAAUAAUAAUAAUAACUGAAGCUCUUAGAAAUAUGACGAUGUCGUAAUUGACGAUCUGCAAUAGAGUCAUCGUACCUUUUCAAUUCCGUGAUGUAGCUUCAUCACCAACAACUCUUUCACAUUAUCAUUUGAUACAUUGUAAAAAAAAAGAAAGAAGAUAAUACCAGCUUCAAGUUUAAAGCUAAUCAUUUAACGCUAAGCCAGCAGGAAGUGAACCUUCUUGUAGUUUCCUGCCCUCUCAGAUGAAAACAUGGAGAUCAUCAAACCUCAGAUCGCCGUCCUGAAUAUCCUGAAAGCCAUUCAACACUAAACAAAAGGCAGCCAUCUUUAAUGCUUCUCCUUCCACUUGAACCGUUCCUCCUCGUACACCUCAAACAUCAACGUCGUCUUUUACUCGAGACUUUUAUUUGUCGAUGUGACAAACGAGCAGAAAUGUCUUGUUUUAUUAUGUUUUUGUAUUCUUUGCACCAGUGUGUAUCUGACCAGAGAGGAUACUGAUAAUGUGUGUGUGUGUGUGUGUGUGUGCGCUGUUCAGAUACUGUUUUGGAGAAAAAAUAGGACAAAUCUUUGUGCAUUCUUGUGGUCAAAGAGGCACUGGACAUCCAUCAGGCUCCCAGCGGAGGCCGUGUGAAGACACCGGAGUGGUAAUUGCUUUGUUGUCCCCGCCCAGGAGUUUGUUUACUUGUGUUGCAGCGUGCGCUGUCGCUAUGCGUGUGAGAUUUCCAUUUCACAAGACGACACACACCAAGAGCUCCGCUGUGGUUGGACGCGGCGCGGCGGGAGCUCACUGACUCACUGACUCACUGCACCGCGCGCAGGUCGCCGUGGCCACCGACGCUUUGAUGAAAUGGGACUUCGGUCGUGGACCUCGAUCCAAGGGGAAGUCUUCAUGUCUGUAUAAAGUGAAUUACUCAUGAUUGUUACAAUUAUAAAAAAUAUCCGGGUCUUUGA